AUGUCUUAUGAUACUACCGGAAUUGAGUACUUCACAGUUCCCAAUUUCAAAUUCGCAGGUGGGACGUCAAAAGAUGUCAAAAUCGCCUAUCGUUCAUUCAACCCCACUUCUCCCAAAAAAGUCCUUAUUCCAACUUGCUAUAGUGGACGUAUAAAUACUACCCUGAACUUUACUUCGGGAGCUUUAAAGGAUUACAAUGUUAUUGUCGUUGCUAUGCUUGGGAAUGGCGAGAGUUCUAGUCCCUCUAAUGACAAUGACUUCCCGAGUGACUACUCGCUUCGAUACCAGGACUGCAUAAAUUCUCAAUAUGAAUUGCUUACUCAACAUCUGGGCGUUAAAAGCUUGGAUGCUGUCAUUGGCUUCAGCAUGGGAGGACAACAGGCAUACUACUGGGCUGUGAUGCAUGGCUCAGGUCCUGAUCCAUUCCUUAAGCAUGCUGUUGCAAUCUGCGGAAGUGCUAAGACAUCUGGUCACAACUAUGCAUUCUUAGAGGGUCCAACAUCUGCUCUGAUUGCUAGCAAGGACUACGAUGGAGGAAGGUACAGGCAGAAUGGUGUCAAGCCUACACAAGGCUUGCGAGCUUUCAGCAGAGCUUAUGCUGCUUGGUUGUCCAGCCCGGAAUGGUUCAGACAAGAGCUCUGGAGGAGCACCGGUGCUGCGAGUUUGAAAGAUUACCUUCACCCCCCACCUGGCAAAGGACCACAUGAAAGCUGGGAUGCGGAAGACUUGCUUGUUUUGGCCAGGAUGUGGCAAGCUGGUGAUGUGGGUUCUAUAGCUGGGAAUGGAGAUUAUAAGAAGGCUUUAGAAGGAGUUACGGCCAGAGUUUUGGUUAUGCCGAGCAAGACAGACCAGUAUUUCCCUCCUGAAGAUGGAGAAGAGGAGGUCAAGUACUUGAAACAUGGUACUUUUGAUCCUAUUCCGACAAUUUGGGGGUAAGUCAUUUUCCAGAUUGUUACUCUCCCUCCCUAUGUUGGCUUUUGAAAUUCUUGUCUUGAGUAAUGGCGAUUUCUCGAUUUGUUACUACGUCUGAAACAUCCUUCGAUUCUUAAUACAUGGAAAAGGCUAGAUUAAUACUGAUCCCCGAUAUAUAGGCACCUAGGAGGCGGAGGGGCUAAUCCUGUCGAUGUGAAG